AACACAUAUGCCUACAGUCCUACACACUCGAUAGACACAGAAGGGUCAUAAACAUAUCCGGAACUACAAUACAAUGAAUAUAAUCAACACAUUAAUAGUUUAAACAAGAAAAUAUAAAGAAAUCUAAAUAUUGGCACGACAAGGCGCUAUUUCCUCCCCCUUUCUUUUGUUAAAGUUUACGACGACUUAGACCUGCUUCGCUGACUGUACAAGUUCAGAAGGAUCAUUCACGCCCUUCAAGAUGGUCUUUCUGACACUGCCAAUGUGUGUCGCGGAUAUGUUUUGGUUUAAAUCUCCUCUACAAACUGUAAAUUAGCAAGAGAAGAAAAUAGAUUAAAAUAUCGUUGGUUCUUGUGUGUUCAAGUUUAUUUCAGACUAUCAUCAGGUUAUCUGAUGUGGCUUAAUUCUGAGAAAUUAUAGGACAAUGAAGUGUGGGUCACUCUUAAUGCUGCUGUGAUCACCAUGACAACCACUGGACGCUUCCUCGUUAUCUUCUUCGUGGCGCUCCUUCAGUUUGUUGCGACUGAAUCAACCAAUCAGAAGUGCCGCAGCAAGUCCGGAAGUUACGUCAAAGAAGAAUUCAAACUUCAGGCCUGCGCGAGAUGCUAUUCGUUCAUAACCCAGUCACGUGAUGUCACCUUCCACCCCUCUCAUCCUUUCCUGGUGGUCAUGAACAAUCAGACCAAGUUCCCACAGUGGACAAUUCUCAUUCCGGACACCGAGAACUCAACGUGGGCUGAGAAAAUCUGCAGAACUACAAGCACAGAAAUGUGCUUUCUUUGGAAGAAGUGCUGUGAAGACGCCGUCAGCUGCUGUGAGCGACAGCUAACCCUCGGGGCUCAAGAGAACGGCACGUGCCCUCGAACCUGGGACGGUUACGGCUGUUGGGACGACACCACGCCUGGCACCACAGUGUACAUUAGCUGUCCCAGCUUCCUGCAGUACGCCAUCUCUUCAAGGUAUGCCGAGAAACAGUGUAUGGACGACGGCACGUGGUUCGUCCGUGGCAACAAUACCAAGGAGCAGAACUUUGAGUGGACAGACUACACCAAAUGUCUGCACAAAGAGAGUUUAUUAGUGACGGUGUACCUGGGAUUAGCUUGCAAUGUCGCUAGUAUAGCUCUUCUAAUACCUGCUAUAGGAAUCUUUUUACUUUAUAGGUCACUUAGGAGACAGCACAGAAUAAGACUUCACAUCAACUUCUUUGCUGCCCUCUUCAUGUCGGACCUUGUGGAUAUCCUGUGGGACGUAUUGGUGACCCACGAUAGACUGAUGACCACAGACUCCAACUCUUCAUGGCAGAUACAAUACGUGGACGCUUGCAAGGUGUUGGCCUACUUGAAGAUCUAUUUCAGCUGCACUACGUAUGUCUGGAUGUUCUGUGAGGGCUUUUACCUGCACAGACUUAUCAGCAAUGCCUUCAAACCGCCAAAGUCUUUAAUAUUCCUCUACGCUAUAGGUUGGGGUUUCCCGUUAGCUUACAGCGGUCUUUAUGGAAUACUUCGUUUAAUCUAUGACAAUGAAAUAUGCUGGGUCAAGAGCUCCGGUGAACUGCAGUGGAUCAUUUUUGCUCCCAAUUUGUGUUGUUUAGUUGUCAACUUGUUUUUCUUAUGCAACAUUCUGCGCAUCCUCUUGACGCAGCUUCAGUCUCAUCCCAAUGAGCCGAGCAACUUCAGGAGGGCUCUUAAAGCGACCUUUGUUCUAAUUCCCUUGUUUGGCGUCCAGUUAUUCGUCUCAAUCUACAGGUUGCCGGCAGGAAGCUCAGGUGGACCUGAGUAUGAAAAGUUUUCUGUCUGUGUCCUAAACUCUCAGGGUUUCUUUGUGGCUCUGAUCUUCUGCUUUUUCAACGGGGAGGUUAUCACUCAUGUCAAACGAACGUGUACACGUCUGAAGUUAAUGCGCAUGCCCGCUGAGACAUCACGUGGCCACACCACAGCCACCAGCGUCAACUUUGUCAACCACGGACCUGACAGCCACGAGAGUGAGAACGGGACAACCCUGUACGAGAGUCCGCGCCCUAGCCCCGGGCCUGGCAAAAAGGUCUACAACACCAUGGAGCUGAAUGAGAGGAAGUACCCGUACAUACCGCUGGCUGCCAGGAAGCAGUCGUCCCCGACAGAGAUCUGACCUUGUCUGGUCUUGACGUGCAACUGUUGACGAUGAAAAUGUGGCUGUCGUGCAGAGACAAACUCUUUCAAAAACUGAGCUGGUUGCAACCUGGGACUGUGUUUCUACAAAACGGAUUUAGUCAUUCUGAUGUGUCGUUUUGCAGGAAGGGUUACGUCUGGAAAGAAGGGCGUAAACUCGUGAGGGUUAUUCUUCAGACAUGACAAAAUAUCUUCGACAUGAUUAUCUGAUAUAUCAGACAGGAAGUUGUGUUUGACCAUAAGAUACUUAAGACAGAGGUAUGUAUGAUAGUCACCAAAUUCCUGAAAAUACUUAUCAGACAAGAUGAAAAUUAUCAAAGGAUGUGUGUUAGAAAGUGAUUGGUGUGUGUGAUGAAAUGUGACCUACAGGAAGAUUCGACAGAAGACCAAAAGUUGAUGUUUUGGAAAGACGGAAAAUAUCUUGUAAGCCGAGCACUAAAGAAUUACUUCAGACAAGAUUAGAUGACUAAAUGGGUCACUUUAGGACUGUAUGUCUCUGAAUGGGUCAUUUUAGGACUGUAUGUCUUUGAAUGGGUCACUUUAGGAUUGGAUAUCUCUGAAUCGGUCAUUUUAGAAUUGGAUAUCUCUGAAUGGGGUCACUUUAAGAUUGGAUGUGUCUGAAUGGUUACUUAAGGAUUGGAUAUCUCUGAAUGGAUCACUUUAGGACUGGAUAUCUCUGAAUGGGUCACUUUAAAAUAGGAUAUCUCUGAAUGGGUCACUUUAAAAUAGGAUAUCUCUGAAUGGGUCACUUUAGGACUGGAUAUCUCUGAAUGGGUCACUUUAGGAAUGGACGUCUCUCGACAACAUGUUUUAUGUCAGGUAAUAAACCUUCUCUAGCACUCAAUGGUGCACAAGACAGAAUUCUGUGUGUAAGACACUGUGACCAGACACUGUCUACCAGAUACUGUAGAACAAGACACAUCUAGCACAAUGACACUAUGCAUGCGGGAAUCAUGCGUGUCAGACAAAUAAACAUAUACAAUGUGUUCGAAAGAAAAUUGAGCUUCUGUUAAACGUAUUGUGAAAUCUAGAAAUAAACUGUGUCACACUGUGUCAGUUGUGUCAGAUACAUCAUGUGUACAAAGAGUUAGAGUGUGUAGAAAAGGGCACUCUGAACAAAACUUUUCGCUCUGUCAAACAAGAUGAAUUUAUGUACGCAAUGGUUCUACACUGCAAUCCUGAAGCAGUACAUUUUUGGUGAUUUAAUCACAGUUUGAAUCGAAAUCACCGAGUUCCAACUACCAAGAGGUUUCAACUUCUGUCUGAGGACAUGCCAUUAAGCGACUGUGUGGUUCUAUAUAACCAUACAUUCAGUUCGUCCGGGCUGAUUUCUUGAACUAUGUGCUAAACAAAGGUAGCCCUGUCCAUUAUUCGUCAGGCUACCUUCUGUGGUAUUAAUUUAUUGACUGUCAUAUAGUUUUCAAUUAAGACAAUCUGUUGACAGUACGUGAUAGCUACUUAAAGAUAAGGUGUUUUUUUUUUAACACGCCAAAAUGUGUAAAUUCUAUAAUAUCAUUAUUUUUAUCAAAACCUGAUUGAUUAUUGAUCAUCAGGCUAUUGUCUGUAUUUAUUGAUCUGUUUUCUUGUCUCGUUGUUUAGAUAUCUUUGAAAAGUAGAUUUUUGACAAUAAUAUAUAAAUUACACUUUAACUAAAGUAUAACUGAGACUAAACACCCCCAACUAAACACACCCAACUAAACACACUCAACUAAACACACCCAACUAAACACACCCAACUAAACACACCCAACGCUUUUUUAUUUAAAUGUAUUUUAAAUAAAUUUAAAACUAUAGUGCGUUUAAAUAUAAGCGUUGUUUAAAAAAAUUAUUUUUAUGUUAUUUUAAUUCUUUUUUUUUUUUUAAUUUUUUUUUUUUUGUAAUAACUAAAAUCAGUUUUCAUAUCGGUGACACUGAUAAAGUUGGGGGAAAAAGGGGGGGGGGGAGAGGUAGAAAUUAUUCUUUGAAUAAAUAAAUAAUAAAAGCGAGAAAAGUUGAUUUCAGAAACAUUCAAACAAAAAAAAAACUAUAGGAAUAGAGCCUAUUGCAAUUUUUACUUUGAUAUAUAUAUAUAAGGAAGAAAAAUACUAUAAAUAAGUAAAGAAGUGAUAUUAACAACACACUGUGUCGUGAUUAGGAAUACUAUUUUGUCAUUUGUAUUUCUCACAUGAUCGUACUGAUGAUGCAAAGGACAAAGAGACAUAACUGUAAGAUUUGAGUGAUGAUCUCAACAGAGUUGUCUUGCCUGACUCACGUAAAAUAUAAAUGAAAAAAAAAAGAUGUUUAUUAAUAGAACGAUUAUUAUAUACAAAUGAACGCGUAUGAUUGUUAUAUCAGUGUUUCGAUCGAUCAGUACACUCAUGAAGUCAAUCAGUACACUCAUGAAUUCAAUCAGUACACUCAUGAAGUCAAUCAGUACACUCAUGAAGUCAAGAGUAAAACAUUUGCUGUUUCGUUUUACUGUUUAGAACUUAUUUCUUGGUUAGGGCCAACUGAGGACAUCCUCGCCUUCUCUCCAUCCCUUCUACCAAACCAGAGCCGUUACAAAACGUUAAAACAAAUUAGUGGGGGGGGGGGGACUUAAAGUGUAAUACUAGAAAGUUGUUCAAACACAUCUUUAAUAGUUUUAGUGGGUUAAGUAUCAUGUUGUAUACAAAGUAUUAUCUUGUGGAAGAAACGUGAGCUAAACGAUAAAUGGCUGAUUCCUCAACCAGCAAAGAAAACGCUACUUUUACCUGGGUUGUACAUGAACGGGAAUAUCUCUUCAGAAUAGGGCUCUACAGUCACAUGAUAAAUGUCUGAUUCCUCAACCAGCAAAGAAAACGCUACCUUUACCUGGGUUGUACGUGAACGGGAAUAGGGCUCUACAGUCACAUGAUAAAAGUACACUUCAUGCGAACCCUGGUCGUUGUAGGACCUAAAGUGGGCCCUACAAAUCUAAUACGCUACAAGCCUUACAGGUUAUAUUAUCUCUAUCCACUAAAUGAUCUAUGUUAUGUUAAUUUUAGUUUUUUUAUUUUGUUAAUUACAAAUACUGUACACCAGUGAAGCUCAAUUUAUUUGUACCAUGACCUUUAAUAUUAGUACGCUCAUUACAUUGGACUCUGAAAGUAGAAUCUACCAGAAAAGGUGAACGGAUCUCUACUUUUUAUGGAACAUGAUAAUAAGCCAACAUAUUUGUAAAGAAAGACUGUUAUAAAAAGAAAAUCAUUUUAAAAGGCAUUAUAAAACGAAUAUGGCGACAAUCUUGAUUUAAGCUGCGAAUAAAAGUUUAACUACGCAUACCGAUUGGAGGAUAGAUGGGAAUGUUUACUGAAAGAGAAAUGAGUCUUUGCUAUCUACAACGUUGCUCAUAUUAUAAGGACAAAAAUCAAGCCAUUUUUUGGAGCAGGAAAAAGGAGAUAUGCUUCAAUUGUUUAAUUCAUUAAUGUCAGUACUACAUCUAUGGGUUUCAAAUAAAAUUGUUUCAAAUUCAAGUCAAUUUCAAUUCGUUUUUGUACCUUUUCGUUCAUGUGGCCCGCGACACAAGUUUUGGAAAUUAAAAUGGCCCGCAGGUCGAAUUAGGUUGUGCAUCACUGCUGUACACCAUAUGUUAUUGUAUUUCUCAAAUGUAUCUAUGAGAUAAAAGUUAUAGUAUAGCUCAAUGUAUAGCUCAAUGUGACAAAUAUGAACUGUACGUUAUCAACAAAUCUAAUAAUAAUAAGGCUUCGAGUCCGAUGAUUGAUGAGGAAUGCAGUAUUUCCCGUGGCUACGCAGCCCCAGAUAUGGCCUACAUAUUUUAACCCACACAAGGCAAGCAUAACCAUUGCCCGCUGGUAGUCGAUUAAGAUUUUCUUUUCGCCGCCUGCGAUAGUGAUAAACUAAUAUAACAGGUUAAUAGGAAGAUGUGUAGGCACUACAGUGAGAGUGUACUAAGAACAAUAUGGUCCAAUGUGAACUGACUUUAUUGUAGGCUAGUGAACUAUAUGUUUAAAUAACAGAUGAGCAAGUUGAAGUUGUUACUUUUAUCUGAUGUUAUUUAUCAAUGACAAGUGAGAACACUGUUUUCAAAAUGUUUCUUUCAUUGUUUGCAAUAGUUCACUGUGUACUGUAACAUAUGGUCUUCUGUAUUAUAGUGUCUGCUGUAACAUAUUGUCUUGUGAUUAGGUAUUUUAUUCAUUAUGUUAUUAUAAAUUAUUCAAUUUUAAGUUUACCUGAAUUGUGUAGAUGUUUUGGUGAUAUAGUUAUUUUAUUUAAAAAUGUAACGAAAGGCACAAGAGGCAUACAUCAUAAUAAUCAAAACGGUAUGAGGCAAGACCAAUUGUUAUAGAAGACCUGAACACUCACAUACGACGUCGCAACCUCUGGGUCAUUUAGGCCAGUAGUUCAUUGUCACGUCACAAGUCCGACGUCACGAUGUGUGACAUGCCAACGCGCUAUUGGUCUAGACUGCCCACAGAUUGCGACGUCGCAGGUCAAUAUUCAGGCCUUCGAUAACGACUGGUCUCGUAUAAGCCCCAGGAAAAACAAAAAAUAGCCCCCCCCUCCCCCCCCAAAAAAAAAAUAAAAAAAUAUGCACUAUUUAUUAUGUUAGUUAGUUAAGGAAAAUGGAAAUGGAAUGGAGUCACACAAAAGGACACUUAUUAAAACUGACAUUAAAUCUUUUUGAAUCGUUUUGUUUUUCCUAACCAAACUUUUCUGCAAGUUCAGAUAAAUUGUUAGCAUAUGAGCUUCAUUUGGUUCAAAUCUUGGUGAUCAUUUUUGGAUACAUUAAAAACAAAUUGGCUUUAAAUGUGAACUUAUUGACAAUCAUUUAAAAUUGAAAGUCCUUGUCUAAAAUUAGACAGCCGUAUAAGUUAUCUAGACUUAUUGUCCCAAUGACAUCAAGAGUUCGUACUGUCCACUGUAUUCUCAAGAUCUCUGAUGUGAUUAGUGUAAAUGAGAUUUUAUAAAAUAAAAUAAAUUCUACAUUUUCA